AUGGCCCCCAAGCGCCCUUCUGUGGACGACUCUGAGGACGGCAGAGCCCAGAAGAGAAGUUUUGCCGUCUGGGACAACAUCAUCACUGUCACCGUUGGCCCGGAGAAGCAAGAAGAGAAGGCCGUCCACCUGCCCGAAGACAACCCGGCCGGCUUCGCCAUCAUCGUCGAGUGGCUGUACGCGGACAAGAUCGCCGAGAAUCUCGAUUGGGGAUGCAUGCUGCGCGCGUACAACGCGGCCCGCCGAUUUGGCAUGUCCGACCUGCAGAACGCCCUCGUCGACGUGCUCCGGGCCCAGUUUGUGUCCUGGAAGCUCAAUCCGGAGUGGGCAUCGUACUUCUGGAAGAACACGAUCGAAGGAUGCCCGCUGCGGAAGCUGGUUCUGGACCUAUUUUACCACCAGGUCCUGAGGAAGCCGGAUGCGUACAAGAAGGGCGCCGACGCCGCCGAAGCGAAUGGAAAGUACGUGACGGAGAUGGAGCAGCUCACGGCAAACGCGCAGCUUGUGACGGCGCUGUUCUGGCGCUUUGCCGACCCGGCAGAUCGUCCGUCCAAAGAAGCUUUCAAAAUGAACACCUGCUUCUAUCAUGUCCAUGAGGACGGCAAGGAGUGUACUUGACUUGACACCGGACCUGACCUCAGCUAACAGAUGACUAUCUUUGCCUUGAUGAGUGAGAGGUAGAAUCGUCUAUGAACUUCGUUCUACCCAGAUAAACCAGCCAGCAACUCCUCUAUGAGCUGUCAAGGCUGUGGAGAGGGAGAGCGACCAGGUACUUGAGGAGAGCGAGCGGAUGGUGUGGAGACUAUGCUAGGCAUGAAACUUCGACAGGGCACAUUCUCGGAAGGACAGAGAGCCAGCCAGUGCCUUUAUCAGGGCUGUUGUUGGUGACUCGAGAUGCUGUUGAUGAUCAGGCUCGUGGAGCUUCGACAAUGGUAG